UGGCUGUUCUGAGGGUUCUGAGGGAAGGGAGGAAGUGGAAGAGGGGUGAGAAGCAGGGACUAAAGCGGUUUGGAUUCACCAUUUUGUUCGUGUGAAGGCAGCGUCGAGGUGGGUUUCUUGGCAAUGUCAGUGGCACGGCUUGGAAAAGUAGCUCCCAAAACAAGCAUCCUAUUCCUAUGCGACAUGCAAGAGAAAUUCCGUCCCACCAUCAGCUACUUCCCUCAGAUUGUGUCUGUGGCAGCUCGGAUGUUAAAGGUUGCCAAAGCGCUAGAAAUUCGCACGGUGGUAACUGAACAAUAUCCACAAGGUUUGGGCCCAACAGUGCCAGAAUUAGGUGCUGAAGACCUCCCCAAAUACUCCAAGACCUGCUUUAGCAUGUUCAUCCCAGCCGUGGAAAAAGAGAUGGCAGCUGUUCCUGACCUGAAGUCUGUGCUUUUAUGUGGAAUUGAGACACAGGCGUGCAUCAUGAGCACAGCCCUGGAUCUCAUGGAGCGAGGCCUGGAUGUCCAUGUCGUGGCGGAUGCCUGCUCUUCUCGCAGUCAGGUGGACAGGAUCAUCGCAUUGUCCCGUUUACGUCAAAGUGGGGCCUUCCUUACCACCAGCGAAGGACUUAUCCUCCAGCUUGUCAGGGAUGCUGCCCAUCCCCGUUUCCGAGAGAUCCAGAAGCUUAUUAAGGACCCUGCUCCAGACAGCGGACUCCUUCCCCUCAUAGCAGGAUCAAACCCCCUUUUCAGUUAGCUCUGUUGCUGUUCAAUAAAUGGUCAUCCUUCUUCACCAAAGCAUCUCCAGACAAUAAGUUUGACUGCUGCUGCGCUUUGGAAAUAGAAGAAACAGAAUGAAGACCGGCCAUGUAAAUGUUCAAGCAAGGCAACAAUAAGGUUGUAACCUGCCUAGAAGUGUAAAUACACACUUUGAAGGCUCUUUAAGGUUACUCGUUGGGGUGAAAGGAACACUUAUUUUGUGAAGGCACUGGGUUCAAAAGUAGUAUUUCUUCCUUUUCUGGGUGUGGAGAGAUAUCUUGAAAAAGUAACUCUUAUGAAUUGCAACUCCCAGAUUUUAGUCUUGUAGUCAAAAAAUGUAACUUUUCCAAGCUAAUGGAGAAAAGAUUUCUCAGAGGAAGAGGAGUCUUGUUCAAAAGAUAUAACUAUACAUCAGGCAUGGGCAAACUUCGGCCCUCCAGGUGUUUUGGACUUCAACUCCCACAAUUCCUAACAGCCGAUAGGCUGUUAGGAAUUGUGGGAGUUGAAGUUCAAAACACCAGGAGGGCCGAAGUUUACCCAUGCCUGCUAUACAUGUUUAUGCCCUCUCAUACCUACCUGUGCUGUGAUUAUGUUGUCACUGCAACCUAUGAAAUCCUGGGAUUUGUAGUUUGGAGCACUAGAGCUCUUUGCUACUCACUAAACAAGAUUCCAUAGGAUGCAACCAUGGCAGGUAAAAUGGAAUCAAAGCACCAUAAGCAUGUUAAAUUGAAAGAGACUUUGCUACGCAAUCUGUAUGCAAAUGUUUUUAAAUUUUGCACUUGUAAAAAAAAAAAAAGAUUCUGCAACUGGGAAAAUUCCAUCCUUUGUAAACAGAGCAAAAGAUGUUGAAAUAAACAUUUGCACAUACGUA